UCGUCAAAUGCUAUUCAACUUGUAACACAUGGGGAAGAAGUUUGCAUCCAAAUAGGAAAUCAUAAUAUGUGCCGUUUGAACAUAGACGUUUCUAAUGAACUGCAAACGGAAGAAGAAUCUGGAAGUACAAAUGAUGAAGGUGAUCUUGUACAAAUGACUUUACAGAUGCACACAGCUUCGUCGUCCGGGAUAUUUAUUGCUUCUUUGGAAGAAAGAAUGUUGCUAGCACUAUCAGGAAAUCAAAGAGAAGAAAUCAACAGAGUUCUGCGCGAAAAAUUUGGUGUUGAAAUUAUUGUUUGCAAGAGAGGAAGCGUUGUUCUUGUUAUGCGGAAAAUAAAGCCAAUUUUCAAAGGUCUGGUGUACCAAAAAAACCAGCUAGAUUUCCUUUCAACUUUAUUUGAACUUCUUGGAUUUUCAAAAAAGCAUCCAUCGGAGAUCAACCUUCAAGUGCAGCUCAAGUCAGGAGAUGAUACCUUCAAUGAAUCUCAGCUGAAGGAAAAAGGCCUUCAGUUGAUGUUAUCACCCAGAAAAACGAUAGCAUGCAUGACAAAGGAGGACCAGAAAAAACUAGUGUCAUGUUUAUUCCUUAAAACCAUUGGCUCCAAUCUUGGAGACAACAGCACCAGUGAACUGCAGAUCAAAGAGGAUACUGAAAAAUGUUUAACAUCGAUUAAUGAACUCCGAGAGAGAGUCGACAAACUGGAAGAAACAGCUGAUUGUUCUCCAUCUAAACGAAAGAAAACAUCCAAAGGUAAUCGUGAAAAUAUGACACCAAUGCAUUUGGUUUUAUAGAAACUUCUAAUACAGAUCCUGAACUACACUACUCAAUUUAAUUGGAGUAAAGCCAAUAUAAUUUGAUGGGUUAAUAUACAUAUGCCAAUUAGAAGUGUCAAACGACACUUGCAUCUGGAAUUUAAGUAAAUCCUAUAGUGUUACAAAUGCAUCACAAACCCUCAUAUAUUACUUUGGAGAAAAAUAGUAUUCUUUAAUAGCUACUCAAUAAAAGCUAAAAACAUCGCAAGAUACGAUGUGUAAAAUAGAGACUUUAAAUUUUAAAUAAAGUAUAAUCUUUCUUUUUUUUUGCGGGGGGGGGGGAUAGUGAUAAUCACUUUGCUUAUUUUAUGCAGUUUUAACACAUACAUGCUUAGUAACUGUAUUUUCCUUAAGCCCCUUUCACAAUUGGCACACAAACACUUUGCGAUUGAAUUUUUUGGCUUCAGGCGAGCUAUCGCAUACGUUGCGCGAGCUCUUGCAUUCGUUGCAUACGUUUUGUGGUCGCAUCAAGUCUCCUCUAAAUUGCAGACAUGCAACAUAUUCAGACGCGCCAAAACGCGAACCAGAUUAUUGCACUGCAACGCAGGAACAUUGGUAGGAAUGUUUUAAACGUUUUGUGUGCUCGCAAAAGCGGUGCACGAUUUUUAAAUAUCGAUAAAAUAAUAUAUUUUAAGAUAAAUCGCAGCUGUUUUUGCGUAUGUUGUGCGACCAUGAGACUGUUGCUCAAUGUGUUCCAUGUAAUCUUACAACGUUUUACUAUCAAUGCAAAUAUUAUCAGUUUCAGUUUGCAUGCUUUGCCAUUAAAAUAUACUGGAUAGAAAACCCUCUUUUUGCCCGAUGUUAUUUUCGCUUCUACUAACGGUUUUGCCUUGUCUUGAAUUCAUCCAAUAAUAUUGCGGUAAAAGAGAGAUAAUAUAAUUCAUUGGAAUUCGCCAAGUAUUAAUCGGCUUACUGACAAAUAGAGCAAAAUGGAUAAAUCGGGGGCAUAAAAGCGACAAUUUAAAUGAAAGCAUCCUUGGGCAGGAUACAUUUAUAUAUCUUCAAAUUAUGAUCCCCUGCGGUAUGGAUGGGCAACUAUUGGGGUCAAGUUUUACAUAAGAAUAUAUGAAGACAAUAUUUCACAAUUUUUUUAUCAAAGACAAUUAGCCAGAAAAGCUGGGGGGUUUCAAUAAUGAUCCCUGGAGGUAAUUUGGGGCAAAUUGGGUGGAGAGGUGAAGUUUUUACAAAGAGAAUAAUUUCAAUCAUUCUCAAAAACUUCAAACAUAACUUGUCUGAAAUUAACAAGCAACUUGACCUAUGUUUGGUUAAUUCUCAAUUGUUAUGAUUUUGAUAUCUGUUCUGGGUCACCUAGUGUUGAAGUGUUGAAGGUUUAAUUUAGAUUUAUAUUCAUGUGAACAGUUCUAUUAAUUCUUAAUAAGCACUGUCCUUCUCAGUAUGUGUAAUGACGAUGAAAUCAUUCAGUUGUAAAUGGAACU